UCCACUAAAAGUUGACAACUGAAACAUAGUUUUCCCUUCCAUUUCCAUAGCGCACUCUGUUUGACAAAUGUCAACUGAAACAUUAUCUCAUUCAUUGCUUGCGCUCAAACAACCCAAUUCAACCAACUUGCAGUUGCAGGUGUCACAGACUCACAGCCCAGACGUCCUUCUCUCAAUAAAUAAAUGGAGCUAAAACAAAAUGAAAGAAAGCUGAGAAGAGAAGUAGAGAACCAACAAACUUAACAGACCAUUGCCAUCUUCAGUUCACAAACUGAACAGCGGCCUUCUUUGUUGUUUUCAAUCUACCUCUUAUCAGGUUCCUGUGUUCAAAGAAGAUGGUGGUGCCCACCUUCCUCCUACCCAAAGCCGCUGCUGCUGCUUCUUCCAUAAUCUCCAGAGUUGCUUCUCUUUCCCAGCUGAGAUGUAUGAGCAAUGUCCCCGAGAACUCAGUCUACGGUGGACCCAAGCCUCAGAACCCCAACAACCGAAUCACCCUAUCCCACCUGAAACAGAAGCACCGUAGGGGCGAACCCAUAACCGUCGUAACUGCUUAUGACUAUCCAUCAGCCGUUCACCUUGACGAGGUCGGCAUAGAUGUCUGUCUCGUGGGCGACUCUGCUUCCAUGGUCGUUCAUGGCCACGAUACCACCCUCCCCAUCACCCUCGACGAGAUGCUCGUCCACUGUCGUGCCGUUUCUCGCGGUGCCAAACGUCCCCUCCUCGUCGGCGACCUCCCCUUCGGCACCUACGAAUCCAGUCCUCAGCAGGCAGUAAACACGGCUGUUAGAGUGCUCAAGGAAGGCGGCAUGGAUGCAAUUAAAUUGGAAGGAGGAGCCCCUUCCAGAAUUACGGCGGCGAAGGCCAUUGUCGAAGCCGGGAUUGCUGUUAUGGGCCACGUCGGGCUCACCCCACAAGCAAUUAGUGUUCUUGGGGGAUUUAGGCCUCAAGGGAAAAAUGUUGCCAGCGCUGUCAAGGUUGUGGAAACGGCACUUGCUUUGCAGGAGGCCGGGUGCUUCUCGGUUGUUCUGGAAUGUGUUCCUGCACCUGUUGCCGCGGCGACAACAUCUGCCCUCCGAAUUCCCACGAUUGGCAUUGGGGCUGGACCAUUCUGCAGUGGGCAGGUGCUAGUUUAUCAUGAUCUUCUGGGAAUGCUACAGCACCCUCACCAUGCCAAAGUCACCCCGAAGUUCUGUAAGCAGUAUGGGCAGGUGGGUGCUGCUAUCAACAAAGCUCUUUUGCAGUACAAGGAAGAAGUGACCAGUCGAUCUUUCCCUGGUGCUGCCCACACCCCAUAUAAAAUAAGUGCCACUGAUAUUAAUGGAUUCUUGAAUGAAUUACAAAAGAUGGGGCUGGAUGAGGCAGCAUCUGCAGCAGCAGCGGUGGCAAAGAAGACUCAGACAGAUGGAACAUUGGAAGGGGUGAACCCAGCUGAUUGAGCAUAGCACAUGUGGAUUCAUUACAACAGUCUUCAAUUCACAGUUCCCCACCCUCCCCAACCCAAUCUUUUUUUUUCUUUUAUUUAUUUAUUUAUUUCUGCUAUUGAAAUCAUAUCGUUGGGCUCUUGAUCUGAAUAACAGGGGAAGGCAUCACAGCAGCAUU